CUAUAUCAGGCUCUUAACCUACUGAGCCAUGACAGGAACUCCUAUUUAUUUGGUACAUUAAUUAAUUUUGAUUGGAAUAGAGUUGAUUUACAAUCUUGUGUUCGUUUCAGGAGGACAGUGUAUGGAUUCAGUCAUAUAUGCAUAUAAAUUCUUUUUCGGAUUUGAUUCCUUGAUAGAUGAGGGCAAAAUAUUGAGGGGAGUUCCCUGUGCUGUCCGGUAGGUCCUGGCUGGUUUUAGGGCCUCUCUUGAAACAGCGCAGAGGCGUUAGGAGAUGAAAGCUGCGCGCCUUUCUCUGUCUCUCUGUCCGUCUCUCUGUUGCUGACAGUCGGCUGAUCUGUCAAGCGGCUCUGACCAGCCUGUUCACACAGCUGGUGUCCGGGUUCACCCAUGAGACAAGCACUUUUGAACUGACAGGGCUGCUGCUUGUAAACUCCUAUUUCCUGGCAGGCCCCCAACCCCGGGGGCCCACUCUUUCUUUUCUUUUUUUUUUUUUCUUCUUCACAGAAGGGUGCUUCACAUUCAUUAAUGCAUCCACCUUGCCUGGCUUCCUGCUUCACAGACAGAGGCUGAAGUUGCAGGUGCCAUUCUGAGGAGACCUCUGAAGGUGCAGCUUGAAAAUGGAAAAAAAAAAAAAAAAAAAAAAAAAAAAGUCUUGCAAAAGAAAAGCCGAGCCUUCUGGCUUUGGGGCAGAAAGAGGUGUCUGGCUCGUUAGGUGGUGCCAGGAGCUUGGAGAGAAAGACGCCCAAGGCAGGGAACGCGGGGAUCGGGGCCGCGUCCUGCCGGGGGCGGAUGGACAUUGCGCGGGUGUAGACGGCCGGCGGCAUGCAAAUCACCUGUGAUCUGCUGCGUGCCGGUUGUGCAGUGGAGGGGAACGUUAACGCAGCGACGGAGAGGAGGCUACUAUGCCUGGGCGUCUGUGCUUAGCCGGGAGCUGAGGUUCCACGGAGCACGCGCGGGGCAGGUGGCGCGGCCCGGGCACCCAUCAGCCGCCCCGCGUCCGUAGUUGGAAGUGGACAGAACGGAGCAGCCCUCCCUCCGGCCACACACAGACCGGCCCCGCCGCCCGGCCCCAGGAUGGACAUGAACCUGACGCGCCCCGACAACGCCACCAUCCUGAUGCUGCGGGACCCGGCCAUCGCCGUGGUGCUGCCGGUGGUGUACUCGCUGGUGGCGCUGGUCAGCAUCCCGGGGAACCUGUUCUCGCUGUGGGUGCUGUGCAGGCACAUCCGCCCCAAGACGCCCUCGGUCAUCUUCAUGAUCAACCUGAGCGUCACGGACCUGAUGCUGGCCAGCGUGCUGCCCUUCCAGAUCUACUACCACUGCAACGGCAACCACUGGGUCUUCGGCGUGCUGCUCUGCAACGUGGUGACCGUGGCCUUCUACGCCAACAUGUACUCGUCCAUCCUCACCAUGACUUGCAUCAGCGUGGACCGCUUCCUGGGCGUCGUGUACCCGCUGGCCUCCGCGCGCUGGCGCCGCCGCCGCUACGCCGUGGCCGCCUGCGCCGGCCUGUGGCUGCUGCUGCUGGCCGCGCUGGCCCCGCUGGCGCGCACGGAUCUCACGUACGCCGUGGAGGAGCUGGGCAUCGUCACCUGCUUCGACGUGCUCAAGUCCACCAUGCUGCCCAGCGUGGCCAUGUGGGCCAUCUUCCUCUUCACGCUCUUCCUCCUGCUCUUCCUCAUCCCCUUCGUGGUCACCGUCGCCUGCUACACGGCCACCAUCCUGACGCUGCUGCGCUCGGCCGACCCGCACGGCCGCGGCCAGAGGCGGCGCGCCGUGGGCCUGGCCGCCGUGGUGCUGCUGGCCUUCGUCACGUGCUUCGCGCCCAACAACUUCGUGCUGCUGCUGCACAUGGUCAGCCGGCUCUUCUUCGGCCACAGCUACUACCACGUGUACAAGCUCACGCUCUGCCUCAGCUGCCUCAACAACUGCCUGGACCCCUUCGUCUACUACUUCGCCUCCCGCGAGUUCCAGCUGCGCCUCCGCGACUACCUGGGCUACGGGCCGCUGCCCACCGACAGCGGGGACGUGCGCCGGGACAGCCUCUUCUCGGCGCGCACGCUCUCGGCGCGCUCGGUGCUCAGCGCCCAAGCCGACGGCGCGGACCCGGCCGGCCGGCCCUGCCUCCAGCGCCAGGAGAGUGUCUUCUGAGCCCAGCGCCUGCUGCGUGCCACGGGGGGGACACGCGGGGACCUCCUCCCUCCCUCCCUCCCCUUCUCCUCGCCUUCCUCCCCCCUCCCACCGCCGCCCCUGCCUCCCCGAGGCGCAGAGGGUCCCCUGGCAUCGCAGGGGCCAGCUCACCGCUGAAGGCACCUGCGCUCCCCUCAGCCCCCGAUAGCCCACAGGGCGGGCCGCCUGACUCAUGGCCUGCCCCCACCCCUCAGGACGGGGAUGCUGGGGGUUGCUCUGCUCCUGCAGCCUCAUGGGCCCCCGGCUUCAGGUUCAGUUCACCUGCGAUCCCCUCUGGGCACUGGGAUUCCACCAGGCGGCCACACACAAGCCCGUGUUGUCCCCCCGACAUCGCUGGGUCCCUCCAGGAGCCAAGCCAACACACACAGGGGCUUGCAGAGCAGAGGGUUAUUCUGGAGCAGUGGGAGCCAGGUUUUACUUAAAUGUCCACAAGUGGCUACCGUGGAGGGAAAAACGUCUGUCCAGGAGGCAUUGGUGGAGGGUCGCUGGGUGGGAGAUAAGUGGCCCGGGGCACGGAGUAUCUGCAGCUACAAGUUGGGGCUCGCUGACAUGCUUUGGGGUGCAGCUGCCCCCCCAGGGGGGGCAUUCUCUGCCUCCCCUUCCCAGCCCAGAGCCCCGGGCCUUGGCACGUUCCCAUGGCAUCUGGGGUUGCACCUGGCCUGACCGUGGGGUCCUCUGAGGACCAGGUACACAGCGAGCCCUGACCACGCAGCCCAUAGGAGGGCCGGCCGCCCGGUCAGCCCCUGGACACACCUGUGCCAGCUCAGUACCUGUGCUACUUUGGGAAGAUGAAGGGCCCCGUCCCUGCAGUGCCCAGGAUGCCAAGACAGCAGGUUCCUGGGAGGCUGAGAUUUGCCCAAAGCGGGACACUUUGUGUGUUGUGUGCAUCCCAAGGAGACACACAGGACUGAGCUCAGGGCUCCCCUGGGAAAGGAAAACAGCCCUUAGCCUGUAAGGUGAGACCUGGGAGGGACCAGUAGCGGGGGCUCCGGGACCUCCAGGGUGGGGUGACUGUGGGGCAUCCUGCGGACUGGUCCCCGCCAUCACUGCUUUGGGAGAAAAGCAGACACACAUGUGCUGAAGUGAAUAGGCCCCCCCCAACUCCAUGUCCACCUGGAAUCUCAGAAUGUCACUUACAGGAUCAGGGCGGCCCUCCCUCCAAGGACAGUGUCCUCCUAAGAGACAGAAGAGGAGACGAAGACACAGAGCAGAAGCCACGGGAAGACGGAGGCAGAGACGGGAGGGAGGCGGCCACCAGGCGGCCACCAGUCGGCCACCAGCUGGAGCCCCCAGAAACUGCAAGAGGCUGGAAGGACCCUCCCCUGGAGCCUCUGGAGGGAGCACUGCCCUGGGACCCCUUGACCUCUGAUGUCUGGUCCCCAGGGCUGAGACGGGUUAGGUUUGGUGGUUGAAGCCCCCAGCUUGUGGGAACUGUUCCAGCCACCCCAGGACACACACUCUGAAAUUCUGGGGCUGUGAUGCUGGCCCCUGGUUGGGUGAUCGCAGGAGGCGCUCGUGCCUGGAGCUGACUCGGGGGUGGGAGUGGGGCAGCUUUGUGGGAUCCACCCCCUUGGCCUCGAGGUGCAGCCUGGAGGUCCCUUCCAUCCCCUUCUGUCCCAGGCCACACACCUGGGGCGUCCCCAUGGAGGACAGGGUCUGAGCCCACCCCUGGGGAGACUUUGCAGAGAUGGCCAGUGACAUCCUAGAGAAAGGACUCAAAGCUACAGGCCGAGGAGACAGGAAAAGGGCUGUCCUGAGGGCCCUGCCUUGGCCGUGGAGGGUGUGCUGUCCCCCUGCUCUUCCCGAGUGUCCCAAAGCUGAACCCUGGAAAGCCAGAUCGCCGCUGGGGGGGGGCGGAAACCCUGAGCCAGCGAGAGGCAGCCCCGCAUUCUGGGCAGGGACUUCCCAUGUCCGAUGCUUAAAAAGCUGUGAAAACCUUAAAUCACCCUCCCAGGGCCUUUUCCUGCUGCUUCGUGAAUAAGCAACGCUGCUUGAAGUCAGGGGAAAUUGGUCUCCUUAGUAACAGCAUCUGGGACAGGAGGUCGCCGGGUGCAGCUCUGCGGUCCACAUUGCAUCACCAUCAGCGCUGUUGUUUGGAAGGGCAGCCCCCCUCCGCCACCCAGGCUGACCCACCUCCUGUGACUUUCCCCCCCGGGGUCCAACAUGCUCUCUGGAAUUCUUGGAAAUUUCCAUCCAGGAGUUGGAAGCUCACGUGACCAUCCGCCUGCCCCAGGGGUCUGUGCGAGGCCCGGAAGCAGGGCUUGCCCCUGUUUCAGCAUUUUAUUACUGUUGUGUGUGCGCAUGUGCAGGGGUGUCCCCCACCCCACAUCCUUGCUCAAUGGGUUGCCCUGUGAAGCCUCCUGGAAAGGGGGGGUAACACAUCCAUAUCUAGGGAGACAUCAGAAAAACCAAGAGACAGCUCUUUGGAGGGUGUGGGGCAGCCAAACACGCAGAGAAGCAAGAUCGUGGGUUUUCUAAGUGCAGAGGGCCAGCAGGUGCCUCUGUGGGGCUUCCGGGACCCCUGCCAGCUAAAGGCCCCUCUCUUCUUGCAGGCGACCUACCCCGUUAUCCUCCCGCCAGGCCCCCUGGAGCCUCGAUUUCAGAAGAAUCAUGUAGUUCCGAACACGUGGGGUGAACACGGAUAGGGCGUGGGGUGGGUGGCAUGGAGGCUUGAGGAGGCUCCAUGGGGCCUUUUUAAAAAAGAAUCCCUCACGUGCCCAAGGUAUCUGAACAUAGGCCCGGGCGAAGCGCUGUGAUCGUCCAGGCUUGCUUCAACAGAGGAGCGCGAACGCAGACACACACGUUCACACGCCCGUCGAGGCACACCCCGUGCGCCCGUGCACCCGUGUGCGUCUACGCGUCCGUGCACGCCCAUGUGUGCGUCUGUGCGUGCGUGGUCGGGGACUGCGCGCAGGCGAAGGACGUCCGCACGCAGAGCGCUCCUAGCGAGGCUUCGGUUUCGUGCUGUUUAAAAACAUCAGCCUGUUUUUCAAAUAUCCCCACCCGAACCGGAGGGUUUGUGGGACCACGUCAGGCAAAGAUACGGAUUGAUGCCACAUGUGAUCGCCCCAUGCUGGAAACCGUCCGCUUUCAGAAUUGCUGAGUAUAAAAGAAGCCAGUGCUCCCGAUCCAGCCUUGUUUUUUUGGUUUUGUGUGUGUAUGUGUGUGUGUAAUUUUUUGUUUUUGUUUUGCCGUCUCAAUUAAAAAAAAAAAAAAAAAAGGUCGUAGAAAGCUUAUAAUAUGGACCGUCUUUACCCUGUUCAAACGCACGCGGUUCGACGGCAUUAAAGACACGCGUGGCAUCACGCCACCCCCCCCCACCGUCUGUCCCCGGAACUUUCUCAUGUUCCCUGAAAAGGAAUCUCUGCCUCGCCCUGCCCUUCCCCAGCCCCCGCCGCCGUCUCCUUUCUGUCUGUGUGAAUCCGACUCUUUAGGGACCUCCUGAGAGUGGACUCCUGCUGGAUGUGUCCAUUUCGUGACGGGGUUUACAUCACUCGGCCUCAGCCCCUCCAGGUGCAGCGACGUACAGCGAGUUGGAAGAGGUUCCCCGAAUCUCCACGGAGCAUCUUUAGAAAGUGCCGUCGAUCUGAAAAGAUGCCCUAUACCCAUGGGUCAGCCUGGUCCACCUGGGCUGCUUUCUGCUUUUUGCCUCUGGUUUCUGCUUCUGUCGAUUUGUCCUCGUCGUUCACGUGACAUAAAGGACAUUACACGA